AUGCCUCACAAACGCGCAAAGCGUUCGGUCCGCGACGCUGACAGGCUCGCAAAGGGAUACAACAAUGCACCUUCGUCCGCCUCUCUGCGCGACGACACGCCAAAGGGCGCUUCCCGCAUCUUCAACGCCAUGAAGGUGCAGGCCGCGUUCCGCGCCGCUGGCCGCAAGACGUCCGAGGACACUGGCGAGCGUAGCAAGGGCAAGCGCAAGGCCGCCGAGGCGACGUCGGACGAGCCGGCGUCCAAGAAGCAGGCUGCCAACAAGAAGGACGGCGACGGCAAGGGCAAGCUCGGCAAGGACGGUCUGCCCAAGAUUGGCCAGUACGAGUCGCUGGGCGACUACAACCGCCGUAUCGAGGCGCUGCUCCGUCCCAAGGUUUCGGCCGCCAUCAAGUCUGCCGAGCAUGCAAAGGGCCAGAUGGUCCGUGACGCUCUGGACGCCAAGGAGCUGCGCAAGGCCAUUGCGCAGGGCAAGAUGCCUGCUGGAUCCACUGUCGACGACCUCAAGGACGCCAAGACCAAGGCGAGCGGCGCCAAACACAAGAAGGACGGCGCUGGCGACGACGAGGGUGAGGCACUCAAGCCCAACCGCCCCGAAGUGCAGUUCGCCGAGGCGUCGCAGCGCCGCAGGGUCAACGAUGUUGUUCAGGCCCCUCCCCAGCUGCCCAAGAUGCGUCUGGCGAUCAAGAAGGAUGUCGGUGCCGGCGCGACGGGCUCGGCGUGGGGCGCGACGGGCCGUACACCGUUGAGUGCGGCACAGAAGCGUAUCCUCGACACGGAGCGCGAGCGCGUUGUGGGGCUCUACAGGGACAUGAAGGCCAAGAAGGAGGCCGAGAGGGAGGCGGAGAGGAGUGGCAAGGGCAAGGGGAAGAAGUAG